GUUUAACCUACCUUCAACAUCAUCAUCUUCCUCCUUUGCAUCUCCACCAAUUCUCUCUCUUUCUCUUUCAAUUUGGUGAUAUUAUGCUCCCUCCCUUCUACUUUUCCUACCUUUUCUAAAAAAGAAAAAACUUUCCUUUUUCUUUCUCUCUCUACUUUCAACUUUAUCUCUCUAAAUUUACUAUCUAUAUCUUUCAUCAUGUCUGAUAAUCCAUACUUUAAUCAUCAUCAUCAUCAUCAUCAUCACUAUGCAACAACUGGUUUUCUCAACUCCUCUAAUUACCCAAGUUUUAAUCACUUUUUUCCUACUACUAAUAAUAAUAACUUCUCUACUUUAUCAAACAAUAAUAAUAAUAAUAAUAAUAAUCCUUAUGAUUAUAAUUUCUUCUUCUCUAAUACUUUCAUCAAUAAUAAUAAUACUUCUCAAGAUUUCAAUAUUUCUUCAAAAUCACCACCUUCUCCUCCUCUUAGAGAAGUUCUUCCUUUAUUUAGUUCUAGCCCAGUUAGAAAUAAUAACAAUAAUUAUCAUAUUAAUCUUAAUGAAGAUGAUUAUUGCAACAAUAAUGAAGAUCAGUUUGAAGAGUUUUCCUCUACAAGUGCUCCUAUGGAAGUUGAUAAUAAUAAUAAGAUCCUUGCUUCAUCAUCCAUCCAUGAUGAUGAUGAACAUGAUAAUCAUGUUCAUGAUCUCCAUGAUGAUAUUGAUGAUGAUGAUGAUGAUGAUGGGGGUGUAACUGUAGCUCUUCAUUUAGGGCUUCCAAGUUGUAGUGCAGCUGAUCUGAUCUCAGCUUCUUUGUCUUCUUCUUCUACUACUUCAGAUCAUCAUCACAUGAUGAACAACAAUCAUAGUAACAACAACAAGAAGUGCAUGAACAAUAACAUGAUGAUGAUGAUGAUGAUGAAUAAUGAAGAUAGUAGCAGAUCAGAAGAAGUUACAGUAGCUUCAAGUUAUAAUAAUAAUAAUAAUAAUUCAUCAUUAAUUGGUGGUUAUUGUAACUCUAUAGGUACAGUUAAUAAAGGGCAGUACUGGAUCCCUACUCCUGCUCAGAUUUUGAUUGGUCCUACUCAGUUUUCUUGCCCUCUUUGCUUCAGAACCUUCAAUAGAUACAACAACAUGCAGAUGCAUAUGUGGGGGCAUGGAUCACAAUACAGGAAAGGUCCAGAAUCCCUAAGAGGCACACAACCAACAGCCAUGCUAAGGCUUCCAUGCUACUGUUGUGCACCAGGUUGUCGAAACAACAUCGACCACCCACGGGCGAAACCCUUAAAGGACUUCCGGACCCUCCAGACCCAUUACAAAAGAAAGCAUGGAAUUAAACCUUUUGCAUGUAGGAAAUGUGGUAAACCUUUUGCUGUAAGAGGUGAUUGGAGGACACAUGAAAAAAAUUGUGGUAAGUUAUGGUAUUGCACUUGUGGUUCAGAUUUUAAGCACAAAAGAUCUCUUAAGGACCAUAUUAAGUCAUUUGGGCACGGUCAUGCACCUUAUGGGAUCGAUUGCUUCGACGAAGAAGAUGAACCAGCUUCUGAGAUUGAACAAGAUAACGAAAUCGAAUCGAAUCAAUAAGGAAAAGAUUGUAUGCAACAUUAUUGCAAGGUAUGAAUUAAGCACAAAAAUCAGUUGGAGUUUCUGAAAUAGAAACGAUUUUGAUAUUGGGACUAUCAUAACAAGGAUGAUCAUAAUAUUAGAGUAUAAUUUAUGUAUGUCUAGCUUAUAGUAUAUCUUUUUUUUUUUUGUUAUUAGUGAACUAGCUAGGUUUAAUUUAAUUCUUGUCUCUUUUUUAGCUAUGUAUGUAAACAACUCAAGGUAUGAAAUGCAUAGUUCAUGAUUUCAUGUGGAA